UUUGGCUGAAUUAUAAAUCAUGUUCUUUCCAAGUCGGUAUACGGCUCAGGACACGGUAGCGAGAGGAUCAAUACCUCAAAGAGAGCCUCGACAAGCUUAAAGUGCUGCUGUAGUGUUUCCUGUUGGCAGACAUGACAGACUCAACACAAGUCACCAGCGUUCUAGCUCAGGAGUUGGCUCAGCUGACCAGCAGCGGAGGUUUUUGAAGAAGGAGCAGAGAAAGAGGAACCCUCAGAGGUCGAGGCAGCAAAAGCAGAAUAGAAAUGGAUCAGAUUAUGGCCUUGAGGGAAGUGAAGGCAGACGAGACUCAUCAGCUGAUCAACCUUAGAGUGAUGAGACACAAAGGCCUCUAACAUGUGAGAUACAAGAUAAGAUCGCUGUAGUUAGUUAUUUACAGAUACAAAAUAUGAAAAUACGUCAUACGCCUUGAUAGUAUUGUACAAUGUAUUGUUAAAGAUAAAACCAUAGUUGGACCAACUGUCUAGUUGGCAUCCAUUGUUACAGUUAUAGUUGCAUUUCCUCCAAAGAGAUUACGCCUCUAAACUUCUCAUAUGGAUUUAUUUAAAGGAUCAAAGGGAUAAUAAGCCAAUAUAUCACACAGAAGCAAUUUGUGUAUUAGAACUUUUUGUUCUUCUCUCAUGCUGUGACCGUCUUACCACCGCUAUGAUGUACUGUAUCUUGUGGCCCUUUUUUAGGGGCUCUGACCUUUAUGUCAAAGUAACUCCAGUAACAAAAUGCCACCUGAACAUUCACACUGAUGCAGCAGUAUGUCUAACAAUGUAACACAUCUGUCACAGACACCAUUCCUGCAGAACGAGUACGUUUUUUUUACUUUUUGUUGCUUCUAAAUGCAUUUUGCUGCCGUUUUCCUCAUAGUAUAUAUUUAGAGUGUGCAUUUUACUGUACGUUUGCUGAAGUAAAGGAUCUGAGUUACUUCUUCCACCACUGGCUAAAACUGCAACGUAAGCAAGAUGAGUCAACUUGCUGUAUAGUAAAUCUACCAGCAGAGAAAUAUUCUCUCUAAAAGCAUUGAAUUAGACCUGCAGCGUUUAUAUUGUAGAAUUAUAAAUAUCUCUCUAUAUUAUCACCGCUGAGUGAGCAGCGGCGGUGACUCCCAGUCCUCCUCACCUACCCUGGCCCUCCUCCCUGCCUCCUUUCCCCUCCCUCUCUCCGACACGCAUGCAUACAGACCGACAGGCUACGCGACCCCCCUCCCCCCCUUCCAUCAUUUUCCCAUCUCUUACUCACUCUCUUCCCUACAACAAACAUGGCCGCGAAAUCUGAUGGUGCACCCGUCUCUCUACGAAACGAAAUCCCACCCGAGUGUCCCUCCAGGUCGGACCCGCGGCCUCCUCAGCACCGUCCUGCCGAGCAGCGCUACUCCGUCCCGGACUGCUGCUGGACGCUGUGCGCCCUUUUGGUGUUCUUCUCGGACGGGGCCUCAGACCUGUGGCUGGCCGCGGACUACUACCUUAGGAGGUCCUACUGGUGCUUUGCACUGACUCUGGUCUUUGUGAUAAUCCCGUCCGUGGUGGUGCAAGUGUUGAGCUUCCGAUGGUUCGCCUACGAUUUCUCGGAAACCGUCGAGAGCGGCACGGCUGCGGCCGCCGUGGUGGGGGCGUCGGUAGCGGAGGAGAGCGACUUCAGCACCAAGGACAGCGGCGAGCGGGGCGCUGGCCGCUCUGCCGAGGAGGCCGGGGUGCUGCCAGGGCCGGGCAUCGGGGGAGGAGCCCGGGGCUGCUGCAGAGCCUUCAUAUGGUUCUUACAGGCCAUCAUUCAUAUCUUUCAACUGGCACAGGUCUGGAGGUAUGUCCACGCCCUGUAUUUGGGUGUGCAGAGCCGCUGGCACAGAGACCCUGAGCGCCGACACUACUACUGGCGCAUGAUGUUUGAGAGCGCCGAUAUCAGCAUGCUGCGUCUGCUUGAGUCCUUCCUGAAGAGUGCCCCUCAGCUGGUGCUGCAGCUCAGCAUCAUGAUCCAGGCCACUCAGUUGCUGCCCCUUCAGGGGCUUUCAGCUUCUGCCUCGCUGCUAUCCCUCGCCUGGAUGGUCGCCUCCUAUCAGAAAGCUCUGAGGGACUCCCGAGACGAUAAGCUACCCAUGACCUACAAGGCCGUCAUAGUUCAGAUUCUGUGGCACCUGUUCACCAUCGGCGCCCGCACUCUGGCCUUCGCCCUGUUUGCCUCUGUGUUCCAGCUUUACUUUGGCAUCUUCAUCGUGGCCCACUGGUGCAUCAUGACGUUUUGGAUCAUUCAAGGCGAGACGGACUUCUGCAUGUCCAAAUGGGAGGAGAUUAUCUAUAACAUGAUGGUGGGCAUCGUGUAUGUAUUCUGCUGGUUCAGUGUUAGAGAGGGGCGCACUCGCUGCAGGUUGCUCAUCUACAGCCUGACUGUGUUCGUUGAGAAUGUGGCGCUCACCACUGCCUGGUAUUUGUACCGCGACCCUCGUACCUCAGACUUCUACGCCGUCAUCAUGGUGUGCGUGGUGGCCAGCAGCUACGCUCUGGGCACCUUCUUCAUGUUUGUGUAUUACUGUCUGCUGCACCCUGACGGCCCGGUCUCAGGGUGGGGUUAUAUUGUGGAGAAGGAGGUGCCUGUAGAGACGCUGGCCUCCCCAGCUACCAGCCUGCCCCCUGACGUGGUGAGCAGCCCCCCCAGAACCCUUCAGAGAACUAAAGGGUCAGAAAGAGAGCAGGGGUCUGGGGUAGAUGGAGACGUGUUUCAGGUACGACCACUUCGGGGAGCUCAGGCCCCAGUGCCCAACCUAACACCCAGGACAGAGGGGCCUGUCAUCCGCAUAGAUCUGCCCAGGAAGAAGUACCCAGCCUGGGAUGCUCACUUCAUCGACCGCCGGCUGCGCAAAACCAUCCUGGUGCUCGAAAGCGCCGCCCCGGUCACGCCAAGGAUCCAGUACCGCUGUCUGGGCACACCCAAAGAAGUGAUGGAGUACGAGACCACCGUGUGAUGUGCCGAAGGGGCUGUAACUCAGCUCGAGCCAUGUGAACACCCUGCCUUAAACACAAUGGCAGGUGGAUGACUCUCACUGAGCAGUCUGUUUCCGCUCCCCGCCUAACUUGAUUGAUCUCUGUACAGUCAGUCAGUGGAGACAAACAGGUGUGAGAGUGUGGUGUCUUUAUUUUUUACAAAGGCAAAAGUGCUGUGAUGUUGUGUAAUGAUGGUGCAUAUUUCGGUUUCUGUAUCAUUUCUCAGGUCGGGGUGUGGUACAGGAAGAGGUUGACGUCAGCAGCAAACUUGCUGUCCGGUGAAGUUAGAGAGAAGCACAGGUAGUCAGAGGAGUGGAGCUGAUUAUUUAAUCAGAGGCCGAAAGUCCUCCUCAGUGAAGGUGCUUCAGCGCAUCCUCUCAAGGCGAUCAACAACAGAGACGAGCCUUCAACAUGCAUGACUAUUUGUGGCAGCUAGAAAUGAAACAUCAUUGAACAAGAUGUAGAAGGGUGAGAGGCAUUCAAAGAUGAUGAACUCGCACUGUCAUUUUAAACACAAUCUACAAUAAAUACAUCACAGGCACUGAUGGUCGUAAUCAUACUUUUCCAUAUAUACUCACUCAUGUUGAAGGAUUCUCUGAAAAUGCUGAAUGUAAAAACAGUUGAAAAUGUGAUUAUUUGUGACAAGGCUUCAAGGAUUUUUAUGCUGUUAGUGGGAUUUACAACAUUCCUGUGGUACAAGGUUUGUUUUUGUUUUUUUAGGUAAGCUAGAACAAAAAAGAGAUUUGUGUGUUUACAAGCAGUCUGUUGUUUUUGGGACACGCCAUCACUAUUAUUCCAAUGAGAUGCACCUUCAUUCAGAAUGUGUACUGAACAACAUUAUGAUUUACAUUUACAGGAUGUAUUCUGAUGGGACUCUCAACAAUUGUAUUUUCAUACUGCAUCCGUCUUACACCGCAAAGGAAACGGGACAUUAAUUUCCAUGUAAAUUAAACUGUAUAAUGAAGAGGACGUUACAGAGGGACAGCACUGUCUGUAAUAUUACUGUAUCCAUACUUUGUUGUCUGAAUAAUGUAGAGAAAAAAUAAUUAGCUGCAGACUCCAGACUCGGAAUAGCUUUGAUAUUAUUGAUGGUACAGGCAUGUGAUACUUGUGGUAACACUUUUAUUUUACAGGAUCGGUAAUUUCCAUUUAAUUUUUUCUAAAUUUUCCGAGAAAUACAUUUUGAUUUAGAUAUCAGUUUUAGGGAAUAUAGAGAGAUAAUUUGAGCUGUUGAUUUCCAGAGGAAUUCCCUUGAAAUAACUGCUCUAUUUAAACCCCCAAAUAAUGUAUUCAUCACCCACUAAUUAUUGGAAAAUUAAUUCUUCAUAUAUGAUGAAUUGAAUACUCACCAUACUCAACAAAUUACACAUUUCUGACCUGCUGUAGAGUCAUGGUCACCCUAGUUUAGCAUUUAAAUUAAUUCAUUUUUUUGUAUUUAUUUACCUAUUAGUGCUAAAUAUUAGUUUCCAGGAACUUUCCCAUGAAAUUAUUAAGAAUUUAUGGUCCUGUAAAAUAAAGUGAUACCGUACUUUAUUUUAUCAGGGUUGUUUUUGUAUAGAGUAGUCACAAGAAGGAACUUUCUGAACUGUGUGUGUGUGUUUGUGUGUGUUUGCGUGUAUGUGUGUGUGUGUGAGCUCAUAUACCAGCAUGUGUAUGGGUGUAUGUGGGGGAGGGGAGUCCUGCCAUGUACAUUUAGGUUCAUUUGAAAUGUGUCAUUGAGAUAAGACAGUUUUGUUGUAAACACUGUCCAGUCAGCUCAGUUUUCCCAGAUGACACUAAAAUAAAUAAGUAACAGCCCACUGAACACCUUUACCAACCCUGUUGCAGUUAAAAAAAUAAAAAAAGCCAGAGAGGUUUCAAUUAUGGUGCUAACUGUUUGAGUCCAUCACAUAACUACCACAAGGUGUACCAUAAACUGAGCUUGUUAUGGCAGGAGUUUGGGCAGGGCUGUACCUCAAAACACAAACACAAAGCUAGAAUCAAAAAGCCUUAAACUGGUCAUACCAGACGGUUGCUGUUCAGAGCAAGAAAAAAAAGAUGAAUGAGAAGGUGAAGACAAUUUCAUUAUGUUGUUGUUGCUGAAAUAAAGAGCAAUGUGUUUACCUGA